CUUAGUAACUUGGAAACAAUUUAAAGCUUUGAUACAGCAACAAAUUAAAGAAAAUACUAAAGGACUUUUUAUCGUUAUAUACACCUUUAAAUCUUGCGUUUUUGGUUAUUCUAUAUAGUAGGGCUUAAACUUUUUCCACUCUGACCUGUUUUCGCCCGUGAAAAAGUUUUCGUUGCUGAAGCUGUUACAACUAUACGAACAAAAUGAAGAAUGAAGAAAGUAAUAUUUGUGUAAAAUAUUUACAAGAACUAAAAGACGAAGGAAAAGCCUUUUCUAAGCUCGAAGAAUUGUUCACUGUAUUGCAGAGAUAUGUAGCAUCAAACGGUUUGGAAGAUGAUGAUAUUGAUUUAUUAGCAGAUAUUAUUAUAAAUAGUAACUUAGGUGCCCAGAAAUUGGUAACUUUAGUAAAAUGUUUAGUUCCAAGAUAUAAAAUACCUGAACGGACAUUUAAAUUAAUUACCGCCUGGUGUUUAUCAUCCGUGAAUACGAUACCAUUUAUUGUAUCUACUAGUAUUUUGCAAUGGAUAGUUGGUUUAUGGGAUCAUCAACUACUAGAAAGAAAAACUCUAAACAUAUUCUAUACCGUUUUCUUUUUUGUAAUGCUGAAGAAAACAAGUUUGGAGAAGCAUAUAGCACGUCUCAUUUAUAUAUUAGCUAAACCUGAAGAUGUAACGCGUAGGGAUGUGUCCCGCUUAAUUACUUUACAACAGAAAUAUUCUAAACCCCAAAAACAUAUCACUGUAUUACUAUCAUUAUUCAAAUCGUAUAAACCUGAACUAGUACCUGAAAAAAUUGAGUCUGUAAAUAUAGAAAGUGUAUGGAAACCAAUCCCAGAGGAAUUGCAAAAAAUGUUUCAAAAUGCUAGAGUUCGCUUCGAAAAUCAGGAAAUCAAAGACUUACAUUCUAAAUCAUUUAAUUGGAAUACAUUAGAGCAUGGAAGAACAAAAAAAUCCAUGACACCACUGUUACCAUCCGUAAGAUAUUUUCAAAUUGGCUCUAGUAAACACAAAGAAAAGGAUUCAACAUCUAUCUUUGAUAUUUCCAGUAUAGAGGAACUAGGAAAAUCGCAUUUCAGUGUAGAAUUGCCAUGUAAUGCAAUAUCGCUCUUAGCUAAUACCGCUGGAUAUCAUCUUCUUACAUUUGCUGAUUUUCAUUAUCAGAGUAGAUUCUGUUAUAAUCUCUAUAAUACUUUAAUAAGAGCAUUUAUUUUAGAGGACGAGAAAUUUUCCGAUGAAGAAAUUAAUAAAUUGCUUGAUAUGACCGCGGAAUUUUCACGUUACAUGCAACAAGGUAUACCCGUUGUAAAUCAUUUCCUGAAUGAGUACCUUUAUUUUAAUACAGGAGAAUAUCAGUCAAAGUUGCUGGCCUUACUACAGUGGGUGACACCAACAUCUGUUAGCGAUUUACAAGAAAAUGUGUUAGUGCAUGUGCAAAACAUCUACUAUGAAUCUUCACUAAUUACAAAAUGUGAAAUUAUUAGAACAUUGAGGAUAUUGAUCACGAAUUUGGUAUUUCAUGGUCUCACAGAAUUCUCGAAAGAUCUUAUCAUAUGCGGUUUAAACAUUCACGUUUACGACACUUUAUUGCUUUCAGAAGCACUCUCAUUUUAUGAGGAGAUUUGUAGUUUGGAAGAUCGAAGUACUAUAUUAUCAUUCACAUUGGCACCACCAGCAGUAAUAUAUGGAGGUUUCCUUACAACAAGCUGUGCAAUUUUAUCAAGGACCUGUAACUUAUUAUUAAAAUAUCGUGAAAUGAGUCUAGAUUUCAGACAACGCAAACUAGUACAUAAGCAAAGCUUACAGAAAAAGAAUAUUGAUAUAUCUUUUUACUGUCAAGAUAUCAUUGAUGCGUUAUGGUACGAUAAGCCAUUUACGAAACGACAGAACAAAUAUUUGUUUAGCAGCAUCCCAAACAAAGUACUGAACGAUUUAGAAUAUUGUGAUUUAAAUCACCUGUUAAAUAUUAAUAAUCAUUAUGCCAUUCUACCUUAUAAAUGCGUCUUAAACAACGCAGGACUCGAUAUAACCACAAAAGAGGAAGCUAGGUGCAUAUCUUUACAUUACUAUCCAAUAGUAAAUGAAUUUCUUGAUAUGUUUGAAGCGUAA